GGACACAAAUGGAGAAGUUCUGUGGGUGUGGUGUUAUCCCUCCACGACAGCUACUUUAAGGAAUUUACUGCUGAGAAAAUGCUGCCUUACAGAUGAAAACAAACUUCUCCAUCCCUUCGUCUUUGGUGACUCAUUUUUCUAUUGUUCUGACCGCCAAAGAUUUUAAUCCAGAGAAAUAUGCCGCCUUCACUAGGAUAUUGUGUAGAAUGUACCUGAAACAUGGGAGCCCAGUUAAAAUGAUGGAGAGUUAUAUUGCAGUACUCACAAAGGGGAUAUGCCAGAGUGAAGAAAAUGGCUCUUUCCUUAGCAAGGAUUUUGACGCCCGAAAGGCUUAUCUUGCAGGCUCCAUCAAAGACAUUGUAUCUCAGUUUGGAAUGGAAACCGUUAUCUUACACACAGCACUGAUGCUAAAGAAAAGAAUUGUCGUCUAUCACCCCAAAAUAGAAGCUGUCCAGGAGUUCACCAGGACUCUGCCUGCCCUGGUGUGGCAUCGACAGGACUGGACCAUACUUCAUUCCUAUGUGCACCUCAGUGCCGAGGAGCUGGAAGCCCUGCGGAUGUGCCCAGGUUACAUCGCUGGGUUUGUGGACUUGGAGGUGAGCAACAGGUCAGACCUCUAUGACGUGUUUGUGAAUCUGGCAGAUCGUGAGAUUACCAUUGCCCCACUUGCGAAAGAGGCCAUGACAAUGGGCAAACUGCACAAAGAAAUUGGUCAGCUGAUUGUUCAAUCGGCAGAAGAUCCGGAGAAGUCAGACGGCCAAGUCAUACAGGAUAUUUCUCUAAAAACUAGAGAAAUCUUCACCCACCUGGAACCAUUUUCAGAAGUUUCUGGUGAUGGAGAAAAGCUAGUUCUCAAUUUUGAGGCACUAAAGCAAAGACGAUUUCCACCAGCAACAGAAAACUUCCUUUACCAUCUAGCAGCAGCUGAGCAAAUGCUGAAAAUCUGACUGUGUGACAGCAUAUCCCUGAUGAAUGAUAGAAAGUUCUCUCACCAUGGUUAUCCACUGUGUAAAAUACUGAAAAUAGCACAGAAAAUGUUCUAUUUUUAAUGAUUUAUGUGAAAGUGUUGAGAUUUGACCUGAAAAAGCCCUAAAACACGUAUGAAAACAUUUCCGAUGUCCUCCUGGUCAGAUUCAUGCCUGCGGUCAGGGUCAGACCAAGUGCUGUAACUACCACCUAUGACGUGAGCAACGACGUGGUGUCCCGGCGUAAGAGAAAAAAAGCUCUGCCAAGUUUUAGUGCAAAUCACAGCAAACCCGAAAGCCUUCAUUAUUAUCAGUUCCACUUGUCCCAUUGCGUAGCCACAAACGAAUGGCUUACUUUCAGAAAGCUGCCUGAAAUUUUGCUUUGUAUUCUUCUAGGAAGAACUUUUAUUCCUCAUGAGGAACUCUACUUUCUGAGCCAAACUACUAAGUUUUCUGCAGAACUGUCCAGAAGAUCAUUCAAAAAAGAUCCUGCAGUUGCACUUUCUUGUAAAAGAAAAGAAUUCUUUUUCUUGGCCUUUAAACAUUUUUGCCUAUAUUAUGAGGAUUUUGCAUAGAUUUUAUACUUGAGUAGACAACUUUAAUAAUCCAUAUUUAUAUUGUCACAGAAGUAAGCACUUGGCAAACUUAAGCCAUUAGUACUCUUUAAUUAACCCUGUUGCCAGCAAUAUUCUUUUGAAAAAGAUGCCAGUCCUUAUAUGAUAGAGCAAAAAUAAGCCCAUUUUGGAUAUAAAUGUCGGUAUGAAGAAAAUAGCAACUUUACAUAAUUACAAAGGCUAAGACCGGAGAGUGUCUUCAUACUUCAGUGAAAGUAAUUUGGCCACACUGGAAAGUAUUCUUGUUCAGCUUAUGUAUCUUUUUCAUAAUUGGAGGCCUAAAAGUUGCAAAAUAAGCAUAGAGGUCUAAAUUAUGUAUUUGUUAUUAUAUGUAUUCAUAUUAAUUAUGAAAAAUUAUUUUACACUCACUACUGUUGUCCUUAGAAAUCUUACCCAGAAAAACAGUUGCAAAAAAAUCUUGUCUUUAUUAGAUCUUUCAUUUAUUCUUUGUGUUAGACAUUUGUUAAGUAAAAAUAAAAAAUAGCCUUUUCCCCGCCCUCCUUGGGUGGGGGCAGGGAGGAUCUGGAAUGAGAUGAUGUUUACUAAGGCAAACAAUUGAAGAUUAAAUCUGCACUUUAUGAAAAC